CCAAGUGUUCACCACCUCUGGUUUCUCCAUUUUAUUACAAACAAUCCCUAUGAAGUUCAGAAAGUUCGUUUCCGUGUCGAUUAUCAUCAUGAUUCUAGUCCUAAGCAUCUCAGCAGCAUCACAACAGGAGAGUAGUGAGAAUUAUUCAGCAGAUCAUGAAGAUCAUAGUAAUGUAGCAAUGGAUUCAUCCGAGUACUCUUCGGCCGAAGGUCAUCGUUCUCUGUUGCAACGGAAACGAAGUCGUAGGGUUACUUGCAACAAGUUCCCUACGAUUUGUGGUGCAAAGGGGAGCCCUGGACCUACAUGCUGCAAGAAAAAAUGUGUGAACGUAUUAAAAGAUAGGCAAAACUGUGGCAAGUGUGGGAAGAAAUGCAAGUACAAUGAGAUAUGCUGCGAGGGAAAAUGUGUUAAUCCAUCUCUCAACGCCAGACAUUGCGGUGGAUGCAACAAUAGGUGCGGCAAUGGAGAGUUUUGUGUCUUUGGUUUGUGCAAUUAUGCUUAGAUGAAAUAAAUUCAUUAUUUAUUCACUUAUUUAUUAGUUGUUGAAUUUGUUUGAUUUGUAAAAGAAAAAUAUAUUUCAUUUGAUGAAAAUAGUUUUUUUUUUC